AUGCACCCCGUGCUCACCUGCGGGACUGAGGCGGGCACCCGGGCCCGCCCUGCUCACCCGGCGCCCGGACGCGGGCCGGCCCGGCCGUCCACCUGCUGGUGCCCGGGGAGGGCCGGUCCCGGGCAGAGGUGUAGCCGGACGCGGCAGCGGCGGGCCCAGCUCAUUGGCCAAGUCUCAGGCCGGGGGCCCGGGGCAGAGGCCACAGGCGUCAGAGGAGGCCGGGGGCCUGAGGUGUGCGGGCCGGAGGCCGGAGGGGCGCGAGGCCCUCCCCAGGAGGACUCCGCUGACAGGGCUGUGACAGGCCCCCCGGAGGGGCGGGCACCUGCGGGGCCCCGGGCUCUGCAGCAGGGCCUCUCCGCCGGGCUGGCGGGCCGGAUUUACCUCAGGGCCGCCGCCGCCGCUUCUCCCUCUCACGGGCUCUGCAGGCCGCCAUUAUCGGGCAGCUCGCGCCUCCGCCGCCGCGGCCUCCCGUCAGAGGCCGGCGCGCGCCCCCGUGCUGCGCGGACUCACACCCCGACGCCGCGGGCCCCGCCCCCUCCGGCUUGCCGUAGCGCGAGCCGGACGCAGCGGGGUCCCCAUUGGGCGCGCGCCCCGCGCUCCCGGCCACCUCCGCGCUCCCCGCUCCCCUUGCUUCCAGGAGCCGGGAGCCGGGAAGGUGUGCGCGCUCCGGCACGCACCACUCCGGUCCCUCCACGCAGGGGAGGCCGGGCCCGGGAGCGAGGAGGCCACCCCACGCUGGGGACUCGGUCGCGCUGCGGCCGCAGCGGGCGAGCACGGCCCGGGCCCCGGGCUGGUCCUCAGAAGCGGGUCUGGGCGCGGGGCGCACGCGCUCGGCGCGGCCACCCCUCUCCCUUUCGCCCCCCUGCCGACCUACCCAGCGGCGGGCAGGUGUGCGAGGGUCGCUGGGGUCGGACGCCCGGUGCAUCUUCCUUGGCGCGGGCCGAGGGUGCGUGCGGGAAGCGGAGCGCCUCGGCGGGCCCGCGUGGAGGCGCGGCCCGAGCUGGGAGGCCUGGCGUCGGCCCCGCCGUGAGGGAGGCGGCCCCUUUUGUCAGAGUCUCCGAGCCAUGUCUGCAGGCGGUGCAGUUGCCGAGGCGGCCGCGGCGCCGGGCUGGGUGCGCUCAUCUGGGAAGACGCAUCCCCUGCCCCGCCGGCGCGGUGGUAUCUCCCUUAAAGCAGCCGGCGCCUCAUUGUUCCGGGACCGCGGCCGCCGGGAGUCGGGGCGCCCGCACCUGGCCGCUGCCACCCGCGCGUGUCCUGCUUGACGGCCGCACCCGCGGGCUCGUGGAGAGUCCAGACCAAGCGGGCGCGGGGCGGGAGGCGGCGGGGCCGGGAUUCGCGGAGAACGCAGCGGCGCCCUCGGGCCGGCGGUCAGCUCUCAGCGCGCGCUCGCCUGGCCAGCGCGGGGCUGUCAGUUCCUCGGGGACCAGAACCGUCCGUCCUUCAGUCAGUUACCCAGAUGAUAAGAAUGGAAUCAUGAAAGAGAAGAAACUGGUCAAGAAAGGGAAGGUGGACAGCCACCAUGCUAUGAGGAUGCUCAAGCAGCUCUGUGGAGAGGUAUGUGUGCUGAGGAACUGACGCCUCCCACCAACUGCCCACCAUGUGAGUGAGCCACCUUGGAAGUGAAGCCUUGAGAGGAACUGCCUGCAGCCCCAGGCAACAUCUUCACUACAACCUCCUUGGAGAUACUGAACCGAACGACCCACAGAAAUGGGAUGAGAUCAUAAAUGUUUAUUAUUGUUUUAAGCUGCUAAGUUUUGGGGAAAUCUAUUAUGCAGCAAUAGCUAAUACACAGGUCAUGGAGUUAUCCAUAGUAACUGUUUAGUAAAUGCCAGCCUGUAUUAUUCCCCUGAGU